AUGGAUGAUAGUCUUGGAGGUAGCGUUGUCCAGAGUGGUAAAACACCUAAACAGCUGGAUAUUCAAGAUCCAGUUGAGUUUACACCGAUAACAUUUCCAGUUCUAGGAUAUGUCAACGAUAUCCGUUUCAAACAUGGCAUAAAAUUUGAAGAAUAUGGUCGUUUCCAUAAAUAUUGUUCCAAGAAGCUCUAUGUAUUGAGAAGACAGUUGCGACCUUCGUUAUCUAAGACCCACCGAUACAUACACGAGGAAUUUCCGCAAUCAAUAGAUGAUAUAAGGUAUCUAGAAAUUCUAGUUGUAAGAUCUGAGCGUUUGUGGUCCCAUGGCAUGGACCUAAAAUCCAAAUUCCAGGCUGCAUCAACUACUAAUACACGUGGAAAGCAAUAUUACACAAGAAAGUUUCGCAAAGCAUAUCGUGUGUCGAUGUUGUUGGAAGAUUAUUGUAAGAAGUUUGGUAAUAACGACACAUAUAACAACGCAAAGAUAUAUCGUAACUAUAUGGAGGGGAUGAUUCAAUUUGAACAGGAAAAAUUUGAAGAGGCACAUAGAUGUUUAUCGGCAUAUUUAACGGUCUUGGAACAAAAAUCUCGCUAUGCCCAGGAUCCUCUAGACUCUGAGGGAUAUCGCUCCCAGAUUUCUCAGAUAAAUUCCAUAAUAAAGCUCUGUACUUUCCAUUUGAAAAUUGUUGGAAAGACAGUACUACCUCGACAGGCUAUGCAAAAUGAUGAUUCUAACGCAGACUUAAUAACAAUUAGAACACUCAAGGACGGAGAUCUCGCUCUAUAUUGCAGAGGAUCAUUUGUUCAAAUUGAAUCACAUCUAUUAUUGCAAAGAUUACUGGAAGCCCUAAAUUCUUUUGACAAACUGUUGAUCUCUGACAAAGUUAUAGCUAACUUGUCAAGUUCUAAUGAUAUUUUAGAAUCAAUCAAGAGCGAAAUCACGAACAAAAUUUCUAAAGAGAUGAUAUUGAAUGAUUAUGAAGAAAUUAUGGGCCAAUUUACAGAUUGCCACAAUGAUGUCGGAUCUGAAAUUAUGACUUAUAUUAAUAACCAAGAACAGCUGCGUAAGCUAGAAGUGUCCAUACUUCUAUUGAAGUUCUUACUUGAGUUGGAAAAACUCGUUGUACUGGAGAUUUUGUCAUUAAAUGAAUUAGGAAGUUGUGACACUACAAGUUCAUUCCCAAAUUGCAAUGAAGGGAUUAGAUAUGCAAAUAUGUUGAAGCAGCAAGUUUCAUCUCUUAUAGGUAAUACACACUUGGGAUCAAAUUUCUUAGUACCAAAUGAGAUUGUCCGAUCGGUCAAUGCACUCUUACUUGGUAUAUACAAUUUUCGUCAGAAUAGUUUGAAUGAGGGGAUGGCUCUAAUCCAUUGGAUCAGAAAACGACCAAAUAUGGUGGAUGAAAUUCACCAAGAUAAAUCAAAUCGAAUACUCUGGAGAACUUUAUUCCUAUUCAAGGCAUUGCAGAAAACAUUUUUUGUCGUAUCAAAUAAGUUUUAUAAACGUUCAUUGGUUAUAUUUGCACGAAACAAAUCGGAUAAAAAGACAUCAGGGGAGGGAGAGUACGAACUGAUGAGCGUAUUUAACUUAGAAAAGAAUUUUGUAAACUGCAAACCACUCCUCUUCGACCUUGCCUUCAUUAACUACAACCCCCCCGAGCUAGCAACCAGUACCGCAUUCGUAAAGGGAAUGCGCAACAUGUUUGCUUCUUUAUGGAGUUAA